AUGGCGGACAUCAUCCGCUUCACGAACGGCUACCUCGCGCAGCCGGACGGCACCGCAGUCCGCGGCGACCUGUACAUCAACUCGCGCACGGGCAAGAUUGUGUCCGGGCAAGACUCGUUCUUCACGGACCGCCUGAACCCGGAACAGACGAUCGACGUGCAGGGCCAGAUUGUGUCCCCGGGUCUGAUCGAUGUUCAGAUCAACGGCGCGUACGGCAUUGAUUUCUCCGAGCUCGACGACUCGGAGCCGGGAGAGAACCGCUACGUCGCCGGCCUCGAGCACGUGUGCAAGCGUAUCGUCGAGACUGGAACCACGGCGCUCGUGCCCACGAUCAUCACGCAGAAGGAGGCGCUGUACGCCAAGCUCCUCCGCCUCCUCGGCCCGCGGAGCAAGGAGGGCUCCGCCCACAUCCUCGGAUACCAUGCCGAGGGCCCCUUCCUCCACCCCGAGCGGAGGGGGAUGCACACCGAGACGCUCCUCCUGCAGGCGACGGACACGCCGCCGAUCAAGAGCUUCGAGAAGGUGUACGGAGAGGGACUGGACCAGGAUGGCGUCAAGAUGAUCACGGCCGCCCCCGACGUCAAGGGCGUUAUGGAGUGUGUCGAGCCGCUGACCAAGCGCGGCGUCACGUUCUCGAUUGGACACUCGGAUGCCGACCUCGAGCAGGCCCAGGAGGCCGUCCACAAUGGCGCCAGGAUGAUCACGCAUCUGUUCAAUGCCAUGCCGCCAAUCCACCACCGCGACCCGGGCGUGAUCGGUCUGCUCGGCAACCCGGACCCGCGCCCGUACUACGGCAUCAUUGUGGAUGGCCUGCACUCUCACCCGAACACGGUGCGCAUCGCGUACGGCGCCGCUCCGGACCGCUGUAUCCUGGUCACGGACGCGCAGUGGAUUCUGGACCCGACGCUGCCCGACGGCCUGCACGAGUGGCGACCUGGGUUCUCCUUCCGCAAGGAGGGACUCCGGGUUGUUCUCGAUGGCACGAACACUCUUGCCGGAAGCGCCAUUCCGUUCUACAUGUGCGUCGACAACCUGUCCAAGUGGGCUAGCAUCACUAUUCCCCAGGCGCUCGUCUGCGCUACCUACCACCCGGCCCAGAUGCUCGGCGGACGCAUUGCGGAGACGAAGGGCCAGCUCAAGGAGGGCUUUGAUGCCGACCUGUGUAUUUUUGGCUGGGACGGAAAGGUCAAGUCUACCUGGGUCAUGGGCAAGGAGGCGUUCCGCGCCCCGGAGCUCAGCAAGGGCGGCGUUAUGGCGCCGGUCAACGGACACGCUUAG